AACCACUAAAAAAAACCGGACUACAAUGAACACAACAAAAGGCAAAACACCCAAAUCACUACAAUUCAAACCAAAACAUGAAUCCACCAACAAUGGAGUUGAUGAGUCGUUUCGAGUAUUGUACUACGCGAGUGCUUCAGCAGGAUCUGUGCCGUUUAUGUGGGAGUCCCAGCCCGGCACCCCUAAACACGCUCUCACCGAAUCAUCACUCCCACCUCUCACUCCUCCACCUUCGUACCAUCAAUGCAGCCAAAACUACAACUCAUCAAAAAGAUCCGGUUUCCUUCACAACAUUCUUUUUGCUUCUUCCCGGAAAAAGACCGAGGUCCGGCGGGUGAUGUCGGUUGUGAAGUUUGGGUUGGAAGAAGAGUGUGGUGAGCCCGAGCAUGCCGGUGGUGGGUCGCCUGCAUCGGGUGGGUUUAAGAGAAGUUACCGGGUUAAUAAAAUGAAGAAAGCAAUUCAAUGGUUUGUACGUCAUGGUAAGUAGGAGGUGUUAUUAGGUUAUCCGGUUUGGUUUGGUUAGUUAUUUCUUUUAUUUGGUUCGGUUUUUGGUUACAACCGAAUUUUAACGGAUAACCGAAUGGAUGAAGACCCCUAGAUCUAGAUAAUGGGUAAGGCAUAACUAGAAUUCCUUGAUCUAUCUUUUGUUUUGGAUAUUGUUCAUGGUAUAGAUGUACUUUUGAGUCAUUGUAUUUUUAUGUGUUUUAACAAGUAAAAAAAAGAAAAAGA